AUGGAUUUCAUCUCGCCCCUGCCAGUGAGUGUUGGUGAGCUACGGCAGCGGAUCCUGUCGAGAUGGUGCACUCUAGAAGAGGCCGUGCAGGUUGCUCAGCUGCCUGACAGGUUGACCUACUUUGAGAUGCGGAGAUUCUUGUGUGAGGACGCGUCAGCUUUACAGGGGCCAUCAUCACCUGAACCUGUUGCCUUGGCGCUACUGUCAGUGCCUGAGGAGUGCGAACUGCCCGUCACGCAGCCCAGCAGACUAGAGGCGGGUAUUUUGAAGGUCUUCAUCAAACUGUGCAAGGAUGAGCAAGUAGACCCCGCGCAGUGCAAUGCCUCUGUGUCCAGACAAGGCCUCCUCUUCGAGCUUUCGCGCUUUGCAGCAAGGGAAGGUUUUCGCUCCUGGUCUUCUCGGGCCUUGCUAACCGGUGAGGGUGCACCAGUCGAUUCAGACUUGAGUGAAGAUGCGUUCUGCGAAGUGGUUGUGCGACAAAACGGGCACCUGGAAGAUGCACAGGAGUGGUUUGACUUGCUGUGCCCUUCCACGUCUACGGCCAAACCUUCCCAAGCUCCGGCAAAGCUUCUGGAGCCUGCGGCUUUGACACAGCAAGCACUCAGCUGGCCGAAGCUGCCUGGCGCCCUGGACGCUUCAGAGCCGUGGCAACUCUCAGAAUUGGUGGUGAGACUGGUUUCUGUGUGGGGUGACCUCACGGCAGCCUUUGGUCUGGACGCCGUGAAGGAAGAAGAGGCUUCAACGAGAGGUGCAAGUCCUGCCCGCGCCUCCAAAGAUGGUGUGAAAAGUAUGGCAGUGCAGCCGGCUGCUCCAGCAGUGCGACGGCGGCGACGUCUGACCACCAGGCAAUGGCUGCGCGCGCUUCGAGGGAAACCUGGUCGGCUGCUAUUGAGUGAGAUGGAAGCCCGAACAGAGUCGGAGAGGCUGGCUUUGCUGCCUCACACGGUGGACAGGCUCUUUUCGAAUCUAUCUGACCGUCUCCUGGUGACAAAGAACCUUUGGCUACCUGAUGAGUUGAUUCCAGUGCGCUACUCCCUGAGUGAACUUGGCUUUUGGGGAUGUGGAGGACCUGCACCUUUGGCAGUUGGCAGGAAGCUUCCGCUUGGGCGACGGCCCUUUAUCACCUUUGUCCCCUCACAGCCAGAGCUGGCAGGUUUUGAGGAUUCCACGCAUCCCAGCCGUGCUUUGGUUUCCCCGCACGUGGCAAGUGGUGUGGCAUGGCUUCGUGCACCAAAGCCUCCAAAUGGUGCAGAGUUGGUGAGUUGGCAUCUUCAGUUGUUCUCAUCAGAGGAUGGGGUCACACCAUUGGUGUCUGUGAGCCAGCCGCUCCUUAUCCAGGUGAUGAGUGUGCCACCUGCCCCACCGUCCGAGAUCAUCCUGUGCGACCAAACUCCAGACUCGCUCACGUUGUCAUGGACGGAGUCCCUUCAAGACGGAGGUCUUGAAGUACUUCACUAUGAGCUGAGCCUUGAGUUGGAGGAUGCCAUCUCGAUCAACCAUGCUGAUGAACCGCCAGUCACAAUCACGGAGCUCGAACCAGAGAAAACCUAUGUUUGCUGUGUGCGAGCCAUUAAUAGCCUUGGGGCUGGACCAUGGAGCGCUACAUGGAGCUUCAAGACUGCAGAUCCAUGUGCGCCGCCUGCUCUCCGAGCGCCGUAUGUUGUGCAGGUUGGGACGUCCCAGGCCUUCUUGCGCUGGGUGCCGGUGGGCGGCUUCCGCGUGUCGAAAUAUUUGAUGAAGGCCCUGAAGGCAGUCUCAGCGACAGGCCCUGAGAAUGCGGACGGGGUCAUUCAGAUGUGCGAGGGCGAUCAAAUGGACAUGCUUUUCACUGAUUUGUCUAGCUUUACGCCAUAUCAGUUCUGUAUUGCAGCUUGCAACUCUCAGGGGCAGGGCCCCUGGAGCAACCUUACUCCAGAGGUCUUCACUGAGCCAGAUUUGCCUGGCCAAGCCGAAGAUGUCGCAUGUGUAGCAGAGCGUGCCUCACUCUGUGUCACCUGGAAGCCGCCCAAAGAUGAAGGUGGUGCUAGUGUGCUUGAGUACAUGCUGCGGGUGAAGUCAAUGGAGCUCGACAACCCGCAAGUUCUGGAGAUGUCCGUUGGGAACUCACCAGCUUGGAUAUCUGGGCUUUUCGGCAAUUGUAGCUACCGCAUCUCUGUUGCAGCCCGGAAUGCAGCAGGUUUGGGAUGUUUUGUUGAUGUGGAGGGGCGGACGGCAGUCGUGCCGCCCAACGCACCUCGAGCGCUGGAGCUUUUUUGCGCGGAAGCGGACGCUGUCAUAGUCAGGUGGUUGCCACCCGGCAAUGAUGGUGGAUCGCCUGUGCUCAACUACGUUGUCAAGGACAAUCACAUCUUCGAGAAACUUUUGCAAACUCGAUUUCUACGAGGAGCAAGAAGCUACUAG